CGGCAGCAAGACCUCCAUCCAAGCUCCAACCCUUCUUUCACCGCUUCUCAGCAGCGCCGCGCCCGUGCCGGCGAAACCCGACCCCCAGCCACCAACGACCGCACGCCUGCACGCUACCCCGGAGGAGCCUCCUAGCUAGUGCGCGCCGUCGCCGCGGACCUCCUCGCCUUCGCCCUCCACCUGACUCCCUGAUCACCGUGUGGUGGAGGUUCGUCCGGUCCCGGGAUCAAUCCCUCUUAUCGUCGGUUGCCGAUUUCUCCGCUAAUCUCCGCAUGGUGCGGCAGUUGAUUCUCCAAGAAAUUUGGGGACGCUGACCUGAGGCCGCACAGAACAUGGCAGCAGCGGCCGCCAUGUUGAUGUCCGACGACGACGACGCUGAGCCGCAGGUUAGCGCGGUGGAGAACUACCACCUUGUUGACUCCCAGAAUCACCCUGCCUGCUUCUCCACCCUGCCGCUCGGGCACGACGAAACCAAAGAUGUUCCUGAAUGCAAGAAGAGGCUGGUGCUGUGGGGGACAUCAGACCCGGGCGUCAUAGUAUACAGGGAGGUGGUGGCCUGGAGGCUGGUUCUUGAGGGUAGGCAGCCUGAGAUUGCGGUGCUUGCCGUAGAUCGUAAUGGGUGGAUACGCCUGGUGAAGCCCAAGAACAGCUACGAGGAGACGAUCAGGAAUGUGCUGAUCACGGCACAGAUGCUGCAUUUCCUCAGGAGGAAGCCUGAUGAGCCAGAAAAGAACUUGUGGAGUCACCUUCGAAAAGUUUUCGACAAGUUUCAUGUUAGACCCUCAGUGGUUGACUUCAGGAACCACCGCUCACUGAUGAAGCAUUUUGCAGAGAAAGAUCCUGUCUUAGCAAAAUCAGAGAUUUUGCGAGUAUUUGUUGAAGGACGAUCUAGGCAAAAUAUCAGUGAGGUUGGUGCCGUUAAUAUUGAGAUUAAGCAGCCGUUCAUUGCUGAUGAUGACGACAUAGAUGAGAUAGUCACUGAGGAUGCUAAUAAUGAAUCUGAUGAAGAGGAUGAAGAUUUGUUUGAUUCGAUAUGUGCCAUUUGUGACAAUGGAGGGGACAUAUUAUGCUGUGAUGGCCCAUGUAUGCGCUCCUUUCAUGCAAAAAAAGGAAGUGGUGAAGACUCCUAUUGUGAUACCCUUGGAUACACCGAGGCACAAGUUGAGGCGAUGAAAAUAUUCCUGUGCAAGAACUGUGAGUAUAAGCAGCACCAAUGUUUUAUAUGUGGAGUGUUGGAGCCUUCAGAUGGAGAUGCAAUUAAGGUAUUUCUAUGUAACAAUGCUACAUGCGGACACUUUUACCACCCCAAAUGUGUUGCGAAGCGACUUCACCCUAACAACAGAAAUGAAGCCACAGAAUUGGAGAACAAGAUAUCGGAAGGAUUUUCAUUUACAUGCCCCAUUCACUGGUGCUUUCGUUGUAAAGGUUUGGAGGAUAGAACACAAGAGCCUUUGCAAUUUGCUGUUUGCCGACGCUGUCCGAAGUCAUAUCAUCGAAAGUGUUUGCCAAGAGAAAUUUCCUUUCAAGAUAUUGAAGAGGAGGAUAUCAUCACACGGGCUUGGGAGUUAUCAAAAAGAAUUUUGAUAUACUGCCUGGACCAUGAGAUUGAUAGUGAAAUUGAUACACCAGUCAGGGAUCAUAUAAAGUUUCCAAAAGUUGAAAAACCAGCUCAGUUUUUUAACAAGGGAGAUAAGUUGCUAGUUAAGAAGAAAAAGAGGACUUUCAAUGAGGCAGUUCUUGAUCAACCUUCGGAAGAUACUGGGAAAAUGAAAUGCAUGGUCCAUGUUCAAAAAAGCGAACUAACCGAACAAAGCAGAAGAGAAGUUUCUAUGAAGAGUUAUGCCAAGGACCUUGUUUCCAAACCUGAAAAGAAAAAAGCAAAGUUGUUGAAAGAGAAAAUACAGCCAGAACCACGUGUGGCCAAGGAUCCUUCUGUAAGCAGUCCAAAACCUGUAAAAGAGCAAGAACAAGAGUUGGUAGUUUCGCCUUCAUCUGCUACAAGGAAGAUUCCGCUGAGUUCAUUUCCUAUAGUGGAUAGUGAAGCUGAAAAGAGAGUCAUUGCCAUACUGGGAAAUGAAGCCUCUAAAUUGACACUGAAAGAUGUUACAAGAAAGUGCAGUGUGCCAUCAACUCAUGUAUACUCUGGCAGACAGGUAGACAAAAUUGCGCAGGGCAAGAUCGAGCGUUCUGUUCAGGCUGUUGGAGCAGCUUUAAAAAAACUGGAAAAUGGAGGUAAUAUCAAUGAUGCUAAAGCUGUAUGUGAACCUGAUGUUUUGAGACAGCUUGCAAAAUGGCAUAGUAAGUUCAGAGUAUAUAUAUCACCUUUCAUUCAUGGCACACGAUACAGUUCUUUUGGUCGACAUUUUACGAAGGUGGAAAAGCUUGUUGAGAUUGUUGAUAAACUUCACUGGUAUGUAGAACCUGGUGACACGAUAGUGGAUUUCUGCUGUGGUGCAAACGAUUUCUGCCAGCUGAUGAAAGAAAAACUUGACGAAGUUCUGAAGAUGUGCCAUUUUAAGAACUAUGAUCUUAUCCAACCAAAGAAUCACUUCGGCUUUGAAAAGAGAGAUUGGAUGACUGUCAAGCCGAACGAGCUGCCCUGUGGAUCUCAACUAAUUAUGGGGCUUAAUCCUCCAUUUGGGGUCAAAGCAAGUCUUGCAAACAAAUUUAUCGACAAAGCAUUGUCUUUCAAGCCUAAGCUCGUUGUACUAAUUGUCCCUAAAGAAACUAAAAGGUUAGAUCAAAAGAGGAUCCCUUAUGAUUUAAUUUGGGAGGACAGUGAAUGUCUUGCUGGGAAGGCAUUCUAUUUGCCUGGUUCUGUGGAUCAUAAUGAUAAAACAGUUGAAGGGUGGAAUGCAUCUGCACCACCCCUCUACUUGUGGAGUCGUCCUGAUUGGACAAAGAAGCACAUGAAAAUAGCUAAAGAGCAUAGUCACACCAGCAAGGGGAAAAUAGCUUGCCAUGCUGACUAUCCAUCAGAUGACCGUGCAAGGGAAGAAGCCGAAUCUUCUGACAUAAUAAAAGCUAGAUCAGGGAAAGGAAAAGAUAUUACAGGAAAGGAAUCUUGCUAUACCAAAGAGGAUAAUCUAUCGGAAGAUUUGGUGGUGAGGAAACAAGCUGAGGCUACCAACAAACGGGAGUCUAGGUCAGGGAAAGAGAGAGAGACAGACAAGACUGCAUGCCAUGACAGAGAGGCCAAUCUACCUGAUGACCAUACUGGUAAGAAGCAAGAUAGAUCUGAAGAGAAGAGACGACCUCUAGGGAAGAUUGCAGUCAAUGUGAAAGAGGCCAAUAUGUCAGAUAACCUUCCAGUUAAGAAACAAACUGAACCUACCAGCAAAGUUAUCCCAGGAAAAGACAGAGAGAAUGGUAGUUAUGAAAGCAGACCUGAUAACAGAAGGAAGUGGCCACCUGAUUAUGUAGAGAGCCUCCCUCCUGAAAAGCAAGUGGAAGGUGCAUAUGAGGAAACAAAAGUUGCUAUUCCUAGGAAAGAUAGUAUUCAGAAUGAACACAGAGGUGCUUGCUAUGGAAAUAGAAGAAAUUCUCGUGGAGAGGAAAUCAAGAGUGCUCGGCACAACUAUGAGCAAACAGCAGCAGGGAUGCUGAACAUCAAGUCCAUGGAUGGAGGGGAUUCUGACAUGAGUAUCUCAUCCCCUGACAGCAAUAAUGCUCGAAGUAAAUCCAGGAGCUAUUCCCCUGCUUUACCAACUGAACACCCUUCUCAUAGGAUAGUCCACCCAGAUAGUUACUGUCCCUCGAAAGAUGACCCUAUGCUAAAUAGGCCUACUUAUAAGGAAAGUUAUUCAGCAAACAAUGAUGAAUACUUUGAUGCACUCAAGUUUGCCGACAUUGACAAUAGCUCAAGGAUGAGGGGCUCCAGCAUUGACGAAGUAACCAGGCCCUAUUUUCCUGCGCCAGCCAGACUGUACAGCAUGCAGUCUAGAGAUGAUGGCAGCUUGUACAGGCGUCCGAGCUCAGAAUAUUUGAAUACUACUACUUCUGGGAGGAGCCUAGUUGCUGAUGUGGCUGGGAGGAGCCUAGUUGCUGAUGUGACUACGCAAGGACAGGGCAUGAGAUAUGAUGGCCAGAUUGGUGACAGUCGCCAGGCUAGUAGGAUACCGCCAACCACAGGCUCACGAAGUUAUCUAAGUAUGCAUGAUGGAACUGGUGCUGAUUGCCUGUCGGCAACAUACUCCCAUGGAUCCUUUGGUGCUAGAUUUAGCCAGCCUGCUUCAUCGACUCCCUCUUUCGGUCUCUCGGGUGCAGGCUUACAACGAGACUCGGUAAUGGACAAGUAUGCGCACGGGCUCUCAGGUCCAAGUGGGCCACAGCGUUCCGUUAUGGAUAAAUAUGCUCCCUCCCUAGACGGAAGAAACAACACAAGACCGGAGAGCUCCUUGCCUCAGCAGUACCCAUUCGGACGACCUGGCUCUUAUGGUGGUGGCUGGCCGCAGAACUAAUAACUAGAGUUUGAGGUAAUGAAGGAUAUGCAGCCUUUAACGAUCUGCUGACAUGCCUUUUGGCAGUCCUUUUCAUUCAAGGCAUGGUAAUACUGAUUGUACAGAAGGUGCAAACUACCGCCUUGUUUAAUCACUCACGAUUAGAAAUCUUUUUUAGCAGUCUGUUUCACAUUAUAAUAGUGUUCUUGGGGGACGUGGAAUGCCUGUUGUAAAUGCUUCUUGGUCUAUAUUGACAGCAUCAGCCAGUUGGGUCCAAAAAUGUGAAUCUAUGAUAUGUAAUGCGUGGUGCCAUCUGCACAGAACGAACGACUGAAGUGCAGGCAAAACUUCAGAAGGCCUGCACAGGCUUUAUUUGUAUAUAUCACUAGUUUAUGCUCGGUGCUUGUUAUUGGCU